UACGGGAGGAAAAGUAAUCUGAUCCAGUAGCCCAUAAGCGACUACAAGAAUCGGCGGGAUGAAUUCAUCGUCGACUUCUGUAGGAGGUUUGUAGCAUAGAGAAAAACCCUUGGAAUCGAUCGUCACCUCCGGUUCCUGUCGUAAGUUUGUACGGAGUAUAUUUUUUAGCAGAAACAAUGGUUCAUGCUUAUAGGAUCAACGGGCAGAAGAGGAAAAAGAAAGAGGAGAAAUAUGACAAGGAAGAAAUAGUUGACCCGUGUUUGGAAGAUGAAGCAACGGAAGCCAUGAAAAAGGCCAAAACUGAGGUUACUGCGGAGGACAAAGAGGAAGCAGAAAAUGUGGUUAAUUUACUACCUGGUAUACCAGUUGUUUCAACUGAACAGAGCAACAAACCUUCUGUCAUUUUUAUCCUAGAGAGGGCUUCAUUGGAGAUUGCCAAAAUCGGAAAGACAUACCAACUUCUCAACUCGGAUGAGCAUGCUGGCUUUCUAAAGAGAAAUAACCUAAACCCAGCUGAGUAUCGACCAGACAUUGCUCAUCAGGCAAUGCUUAUGAUUUUAGACAGCCGGUUAAAUAAGGCUGGGAGAUUGAAAGCUUUGUAUGUGAAGACAGAAAAAGGUGUCCUUUUUGAAGUCAAACCUCAUGUUCGUAUCCCUAGGACUUUUAAGCGAUUUUCUGGUAUCAUGUUGCAGUUGCUUCAAAAGCUUAAUAUAACGGCUGUUGGGAAGAGAGAAAAACUACUCCGUGUAAUAAAGAAUCCUGUUACACAGUAUCUACCCAUAGAUUCUCGUAAAAUUGGCUUUUCACACAGUUCUGAGAAGUUGGUUGACAUUCAGAACUAUGUUGACAAUGUUGGCAGUGAUACAAACCUUGUCUUUGUGCUUGGUGCAAUGUCCCAUGGCAAAAUUGGUAACGAUUACGUUGAAGAUUAUGUUUCAGUUUCAGAUUAUCCGCUUAGUGCUGCAUACUGUAUAUCUAUGAUAGCCAAUGCUGUGGAGCGCAAAUGGAAGAUACUAUAGAUUCAAAAUUUUCACUUCUUGGUAGUUCAAUCAUAUGACAACAGUGGUAAGCUAGCCCCCCUAUUGAUGCCUGCCUGAGCCAAUGAUGCCGCAAUUUUGACUUUUAAGCUUGUUAGAGUUUAAAUAUUUUUGAAAUUUAUUGUUGUCUGAGCUCGUUGAGUUUGUUGAAGCCCCAUGUGUACCAAACAUUUUGUGAUCUUUACUCUCGAGUUGAUCCAUCAGUGGGUGAGCGUAGUACAUCUAAAAACAGAUGUGCCGGUGAAGGGAAUGUAAAGGACUAAAGGAGUGUAUGUUCCAGUUAGUUGCAUGUGAACAUUUUGCAUUUUCUAGCGAGUUGGUCCGUUUUGGCCUUUAGCUCCACUCUGAAUCUCUAACCAACGAUUCAGAUCCUUAGUUUAUCACAUAAACACUAUUAUGAAUUAUGAACUUGAGAUGUGUUGUUGAUGAACAAUUCCAUUUGUUUUUGACUUGUUGGAUCCCAAUUUCCCAUACCAA